AUGGCUGCACCAGAGGAAGAAGACUUUUCAAAGCUCUCCUUGGAGGACCGCUUGUCGCACAAGAGCUGGAAGUGCCGACUGCAGGCGUACGAGGAGACAACCAAGCUCAUCUCGCAGAUGGACGACCCUGCGUCAGACAAGCUCGCUCGGCUGCUGCCAGCCAUCCGCAAGAUGCCGCUGGACGCCAAUGCUGUGGCGCAAGAGAAGGCCAUGGACACGGUGUAUGCCUUUGCCGAGUUUGCCGCGUGCGCGCCUCAGGCGACACAGGAGGUCGUCCAGGGCAUUGCGAAAAAGUGCCUCAAUGCGCGCGAGAAGACCAAGCAACGCGCCAUCGAGUGCUGCCUCAUGCUGAUUGAGGUCGACAAGAGCGCAGAUGCCGUCGUCACAGAGCUGCUGCCGGCACUCGCGGACAAGCUGCCAAAGACGGUGGCGAUUGCCGCGUCCGUUCUCGCUCGUGCGCUGCGCGAGUUUGGACCCAAAGUCGUGCCAUUCAAGCCUCUUAUGCGUGAAGCUGCCAAGCUGUUUGAUCAUGGUGAUGGUUCCGUGCGAGCGGAGGCGAAAGCGCUGGUCAUUGAACUCUACCGGUACCUGGGCCCGAUGGUAAUCAAGCCCGUCAUGGAAUCGCUCAAACCCGUCACGGUGAAAGAGUUGGAGGCCGUCUUUGAGGACAUGCCGAAAACACCAGCUGUGCCUGAGCGGCUUUUGCGGGCGGAACAGGCCAAGCGCCAAGCGGCAGCUCCGACGUUGGCUGCUGGAGACGGCUCGGACGGAGCAGACUCGAGCAGCAGCAGCAGCGCCGAGCCUGCCCCGCUGGACCCUUACGACCUCAUGGACCCCGUUAACGUGCUCGAGAAGGUGCCACCCAACUUUUUCAACGACAUGGGCGAGAAGAAGUGGCAGCUCCGCAAGGAAGCGUUGGAGGCCUUACAUCAGGUCGCAUCGUCGCCCAAACUUGCUGUCGCUGAUUACAACGAGAUUGUCCGCACGCUCAAGACUGCCAUCGGUGACAUUAACGUGCUCGUCGUGGCGCUGGCGGCGACAUGCAUUGCAGACCUUGCGACUGGACUCCGUUCUAAUUUUGCGCCGUACGCGCCAAUGCUCGUUGCCGAGCUGCUCAACAAGUUCAAGGAAAAGAAGGCAACGGUCGUGACGAGCGUGCGCGCCGCUCUCGACGCCCUCUAUCCGAGCAUGUCCAUCCCCGACCUCCAAGAAGACAUUGCGGCCGCAGUGGAUAACAAAAACCCCUCUGUCCGCAGCGAAACGCUGCUCUGGGUGGCCCGUUUCGCGACCGUCACGAAUGCCAAUGCAGUGCCGAAAGCUGCAAUCCGUCCGUUUAUUGCAACACUAUUGAAGGGUGUUGAUGAUAGUCAAAACGAAGUGCGUGAGGCCGCCAUGGAAGCAGUGGGCACCUUGCUCAAACUGUUUGGAGAGCGCGCCUUGGGUCCCUUGCUCGAGCCGGUUGACUCGAUCAAGCGCAACAAGAUCAAUGAGUUCUGCCAGAAGGCCGAGGUCAAAGGAGGCGCCCCGGGAUCCGCCCCCAAGCCUGCAGUGUCCGCUGCAUCCGCGCCACCAGCAGCGUCGACUUCUUCGGCAGCCGCAGCCGCAGCCGCAGCUCCAAAGGCACGCUCGGCACCCGCAAGUGCCAGUGCGCCGCGAUCAUCCGCCACUGCUGCCAGCACAUCGGCUGCUGCCAAGCCUGCCGCGGCCAAAUCAACGACUUCUGCGGCUGCUUCGUCGGCUUCUACGGCCGCCCCUGGCAAGCGAGCCCCUGCAGCAGCUGCAGCGCCAGCAGGAGCAAAGAAAUCUGCUGCCGGGGGUGCUGCUGCUAGCGCGUCAAAGGAUGACCUGACGCUGGAAAACGCUCUCAGUCCCGAGCAAGUGGAAGAGAUGGCCACAACGCUGCUACCAGAGGCCAUUCGAACGCAGCUGGUCAGUGCGAACUGGAAGGAGCGGUUGGAGGCUGCUACCAAUCUUGAGCAGCUCGUCCAGACGAUGGCUCCUGCGGACAUUCAGGCAGAAGUUGUCACACGGUUUGUCGACAAGAAGCCCGGUCUCAAGGACGUCAACACGUUUGUCCUUGCGAAAAAGUUUGAUGUGCUGGCGGUGUGUGCGCAGCGUGCUGCCUCCUUCACCCGGCGAACCGUUACGUUCGGCAUGGAAGCACUGGUGGAGAAGCUGUCCGACGUGAAAUGCCGCGCCAGCGCUGCAAACUGUCUGACCGCGUAUGCCGAGCGCACCUCCUUGAAUCUUGUGAGCCAGCAACUGGCCGGUGUCGCCAUUGCACACAAAAACCCCAAAGUCUCGGCGGAAGCUCUGCUGUGGCUCUCCACCAGCAUCAACGAGUUUGGCAUUCAGCAAGUCACGGUAAAAUCCAUGGUCGAGCUGGUCAAAAAGAGUCUCGCCAACGCCAACCAGGCCGUGCGUGCCUCCGCUGUCCAGCUGCUCGCGACCAUGCGCGUUUGGUUGGGCCCGGACUUGCGUGCGUCGUUUGAGGAGGAAAAGGGGGCGCUGCUCACGACCAUUGAUGCCGAGUUUGCCAAGGUGGCAGAUCAGCGUCCUCCAGCUCCCACUCGCGGGCCGCGCGCCAAAAAGGUUGCUGCCCCAAGUGCAUUUGGCGAAGAAGCCGAGGGAGGCUCUGGCGCUGCGGACGACGGCGCCGAGGACGGCGGUGUCGAGGAUUUGCUGCCCCGAAACGACAUUUCUGGGCAAAUCACGGCCGCCUUGCUGACCAAUCUCGGCGAUGCGAACUGGAAGGUGCGCGGCGAAGCCCUCGAGCAAAUUACGCAAAUCCUGCAGCAAGCGCAACGACGAAUCACUCCCGACAUUGGCAGCCUCCCCACUGGAUUGAAGGCUAGGCUGUCCGAUGCCAACAAGAAUCUCGUCACCAUUACGUUGAAUAUGCUGGGCGUCAUUGCAACCGCCAUGGGCCCCGAGAUUGAACGACACAUGCGCAUUCUCAUGCCUUCCAUGCUCAGCACCCUGUCGGAUGCCAAACCGCAGCUGCGACAGGCCGCCAUCACCGCAAUCGAUGCGUGGGAGCAGCUGAUUGGUCUGGAUCCGUUCAUUACGGGCCAGUACAUUUCCUCUGCGCUUGCAGGAGACGCCCCGCUGCUGCGCAAGGACUUGCUCAGUUGGCUCGAGCAAAAGCUGACUGUGCUCAACGAGAAUGUUGCGAAUCGAGUCAAGCCCAAAAAGCGUUCCGCUCAUUCACCGAAGGCUGUCGCGAAAGAUUUUGAAGACCUUGCUCCUGCAAUCUUCUCGUGCCUCGAAGACCGUUCGCAGGACGUGCGCAAGGCGGCGCAGGCAGCUCUCGGCCAACUGAUGGUGCUUCUUGGUUAUGAUUCUCUCGUUCGCGCCACUGGAGGACUCAAGCCUGCCAACAAGACCAGUGUCAUGCAGCUCCUGACCAAGCUCAAGAGUGAGGUGAAGCUACCUACUCCUGCCGCUGCUGUUGUGGCCGAGCCCGCUGCUUCUUCUUCUGCCUCUGCUUCUUCUUCUUCUUCAUCAACUUUGUCUGCUAGCGCUCCCGCAGCGAGCUCUCCGGCCAAACGAGGUGCAGCAGCAGCACCUGCGGCGGCAGCCAGCGAGGCUCCGCCGGCUGCGCUCAAAAAGAGCAGUGCCUCCACUGCUGGCUCUUCCUCCGCAGCUGCUGCCUCGAGCGGCGCUGCGACUGCACUGGCUGCUGGCAGUGGUCCAGGCGUGCCUGCGUCUCUUGCAGCUGCCGCGGACGAGAACGCACCGCCGCUCCUGCUCAGCAGCGAGAAGGACGCUCGUCUCGAGAAGGAUCGAAAGGCGCGAUGGACAUUUGAGAGCCCUCGCCCAGAGUUUGUUGAGCUCCUCAAGGAGCAGUUGCAGCCGAUUGUGUCCAAGGCAAUCUUCACGCAGCUCCUCAGCCAAGACGCCAAGCAUCAUAUGGUUGCUCUCAAUGUGAUUUGCGACUGCAUCCGAGCUCCUCCUCCGCGCCCUGACGUUGCCGAAGUCACACACAGCCUGUACGAGAAGGAAGCCAUCAACGCUGCAGACGUUCUGUUCAAGUACGCCAGUAUUCGUUUCUUUGACAACAACACGACUACCUUCCUCAAGCUUCUCGAGCUCAUCCAGUUGGUCAUUGCCAACAUGGACGCAGCCUCGGUGAUGAUGACUGAUUACGAAGCGGGCGUAUUGUUGCCGUUCUUGGUGUUCAAGAUUGCCGAUCCGAAAGAUUCCGUGCGCAAGGAGAUUCGUGGCAUCUUCCGCCAGAUCUGUAACGUCUUCCCGCCAUCCAAGCUGUUUGCCAACUUGAUGGAAGGCGCCAAGUCUAAGAGCUCGAUUGUGCGCCGUGAAUGUCUCGAGGAGAUUUGCCAGCUCAUUCAGCGAAACGGAGUGACUGUCUGCCAUCCAUCGCACACCAAGGUCCUGCCCAUGCUGGCUGGCCACAUUGCCGACCGUGACAGCAAUGUUCGACUUGCAGCUCUGAAUUGCAUUGUUGAAGCGCACUUGGCGCUGGGUGAUGGUAUUUGGAAGCUGCUAGGCGACAUUUCGGCCAAAGACAAGGCCAUGCUUGAGGAGCGCAUCAAGCGUUCCGGAUCGGCCUCGGGUGCUGCUCGCCCUGCCGCCGCUGCAGCCACUGGUCGCACUGCCGCAGCAGCUGCAGCUGGUGUGAGCAGUAGUGGAUCGCCGUCCAAGUUGCGUGCUCCAGGCCAUUUGGCUGCUCAAACGGGCGCUGCUGGCACCAAGUCUCCAAGCAAGAUUCCCACUCUUGCUGGUGGGGCGUCGGUCGCCGCAAAGCAACCGUCUCUCUCUUCUUCUUCCACCGCAGCUGCUGCUUCUGUUGCAGCCAUUCCAUCGAGCUCUCCUGCGAAAAAGCGGGAAUUUUCUCUCGACUUGGAUAAGCUUGGUUUGGCCAACGGAGUGCCUGAGGCCUUGAAAAAGAUGCCAGUCCUGGCCCCGACAGCCGAUGCUGCUCGCGAUGCCCUGUCGGCCCCAGUUCCGACUUUGCCGACGCGCUCACGCCCACUCAGCUCCGCGGUGCCCGCACCAACAGCCCGCUCAGCCUCGACUACUGCCGGUUCAACAUUGCUUGCUUCGCGGCUGGCGCGUCCUCCCAUGGCAAGUUCCAUUCGCGCGCCUGCCGGGUCGGCAGCUGGUGUUCGCAAGCCCACUCCUACCACCACUGCCACGACGACGAUGCGCCCAGCUACUGCCACUGCCACAGCGGGUGCAGCAGUCGCAGCACCAGCUACCAUCAGCGCUCACCUCGUCGGCCCCAUGCGCGAUAUGACCAGCUCUGAUCUGAACGUGGGAGUGAAUGCCAUGAAAGUGUUUGAAGGGGUGCUCAAAGAUGCAGCGACUGCCACCAAAGAGCUGAGCUCGCCUGCCACUCUGGACGGGUUUGUGACUGCGGCCACGAUGCAGCUUCGCCUGACAUUCACCACUCACCUGGGCAGCAAGCCAGGCGAUGCUGUGUUGCGCUCGUGCAAGCAUUUGCUGAACGCUCUCAUGCUUUUGUCCGCCAUUCCCCAGCUCAUGUGCAAGCUCUCUCGCGAGGUCUUGUACGGCUUGGUGCUCGAGCUCACGCACCGCAUGCUCGACGAAAAGCGUCUGUUGGCGAUUGACAACGGGCAGCCGUCCAUCUCCAAGGCCAUGAACGUGCUGACCAUCAAGACGCUCGACAACUGCGACCAGACGCUCUGCUUUGGUGUGCUUCUGGACAUUCUCAAGCUUUCCGUGACGCAGGACACCUCCAAGGAAGCCCCUCUGACGCAGCUUGUCAUGAAAUGCCUGUGGAAGCAAAUCAAACUGCUGGGAACGCUGCUGCCCAAGAUGAACACGGACCAGCUCUUGCUAGAUUUGCACUUGUUCUUGGUGGCACAUCCCCCAGCCUCGUGGAAGCAACGCGCCGACGACACCCCGCUCCGCACUGUCAAAACAGUGCUGAAUGGCAUUGUGAAGAGCCAAGGGGCCGCGGUCUUGGAGCACCUGACUUUGAUUCCAGACCGGGAGCACAGCCACGUCACGACAUAUCUCAUGGCCAUGCUGGCUGCUGCCAACAUUGCAGUGACAGGACUUCCUCCGCUCCCUGCCGGCGUUGUUUUGAGCUCCAAUGAGCCCGCCCAGCCAACCGAAGCCACGCGAGCAGAGAAUGUGAGUGCUGAACAGCACGAGCUUUUGGUGCGCUUGGUCGAUCAAGCAUCUGUCGAGAGUUCUUCAGAAGAUGCCUUGCAACAACUGGCCUCGUUCCAAGCUGAAAAUCCCGGCAUCAGUCUUGAACCCUACCUCGCCACUAAAUCCGAGAUUGUGCGCGACUAUGUGACCCGCAAUGUCGCUGAGCUGCAAAUGUCGGAAGGUGUGCAGGAACCGACUUCAACCAUUUUGCCUCCCAUCGAAGUCGAUGCCGUUCCCGCGACCGAAAAUGUUGAUAGUACGUCGUUAUUUUUUGGUGUGCUGAGCUCGUGUUUGGUGCGAUGCCAAGUACUGACCACGACCCACGGUGAAUAG